AAAUGUUUGGGGGGGGGAUUAUGAAAACCUCAACAUUAGUUUGGAUCUUCUUCUUCCAGGUGAUGGUGCUGGCGCUGAUGCUCUGCUGUGCCACUGUGAGCGAAGCCUGUCUGCAGUGUGACCGCAGCAUCAGGAGCAUGCAUGAAGAGUUCACUCUCACUGGCCCAACUCCUGCUGUCCAGAUUGACCUGCAAAAAAUUAACAAUCAGGCUUAUGCAAAUUACAAGAAUACUAGCCUUUUUUUGAAGGGCGUCAUAGAUCCCACCACCUUGUACAGAGUCAAAACAGAGUACCAGAGUGAGUUUAACAGCUUCCUGAAAAAAGGCCGCACGGGAUCUAUUACAAUGGCAGCCAUUACUAUUAUGGACAAAGGCAGGCAAAUCUUAAAAAAACACUUGGAAGUGUUCAUCAGGGACGGAUUGUGUCCAAACAAGUGUGGGCUCCUGCAAAGACGAGUAAUGGAUUGCAUCACAUGCAACUACAAGAUGCACAUCUGUCCAUCUCCAUCUGGCCGAGAGGAUUGUGGCGAAUACCCGGUGGUGGCUAAGGAGGAAGGUCAGGCUGUACUGGACUGCUACCAACCAUGGCAUUCUCUUCUGUUGGUGAGCCGAGAGUACCACUACUCCUGGGCCCCUGCUGUGCCGAGAGACAAGCUCAGUGGGAGUGACUUUAAAAACUUGGUAGUGAUGGACGACGCGUUCAUGGUGUUGAAUCAGCUCCGAUUGGACGAACAAGGGAGGUACAAGUGCUCCCUGCGGGCCAAGGAUGGAACCCUGUUCUACCAAGUUACAUACCUCCUCAAGGUCACUCCAAAGCUGACUCAAACGUCCCGACCUAUCAUGACGCUGCCUUCACUGGCUCCUGGCGAUUUUCAACACUCUGUUGGCGUGCUGAUGCCGCUCAUGGCUGUGGUUACAACUCUGAGUCUGGCAGGGAGCCUUUUCUUCGCUUAUUUCCUAGGAAAGAUGCUGUUAGAGCAAAGAACCAAAGGGCAGACAACGAGAAGGAAAGAUGAGGAAGCGACUUGUCCAGGGUGUACCCCGCCUUCCACCCGAUUGUAGCUGAGAUAGGCUCCAGCGCCCCCCGCAACCCCGAAGGGAAUAAGUAGUAGAAAAUGGAUGGAUGCAAGAUGUUUACCUUCUAAUUCUUCCACUUCCCUUUUUUCUUUCUUUCUUUCUUUCCUAUCACUAAGAAGGCUCAGCAGCGGCUGCACUUCCUGAGAGUCCUCAAGAAGUACAACCUGGACUCUAACCUGCUGCUGACCUUCUACCGCUCAUCCAUUGAGUUUGCUGACAUACUGCAUCACAGCAUGGUACGGCAGCUGCACCGUUGCAGACAAGAAGAGGUUCCAGAGAGUGGUAAAGGCAGCAUAGCGAAUCGUCGGCUGCCCUCUCCCUUCCCUGACAGACAUUUACACCUCCCGCUGCCUCAGCAGAGCAACCAACAUUAUCAAGGACAUCUCCCACCCUGGCUGUGACCUGUUUGACCUGAUGCCCUCAGGAAGGCGCUACAGGGUCAUCAGGUCUAAGACAAACAGACACAAGAACAGUUUUUUCCCUAAAGUUAUAACCACGGUGAACCCUCAUAGGCACUGAUUUUAUACUUUAGCACCUCUCUGUGUGCAAUUUUUACUUUCCACCCACAGUCUGAAUGCUUCUGUAUAUAUGUA